GUUUGUUUGCAGACGUAGCCACCGCCGGACGUGUGUGCAGCGCUGAGAGAGCUGAAACGAAACGAAAACCAACAAAAAAAAAGAAAGAAAUAUAAAACGAAGCCAAGUUAUAAAUACAGAUAGAGAUACCGAUACGCAUUCAGUGAAAGUGUGCCGCAGAGAAAGAUACGCUCGUAAUUACGGAACGUGAUCUGUGAGCAUUUAAAGAUAGAACUAGCACAAAAGGCGACUCAAAUAUAAAGGUUACAAUGGAGGGCCUGCCACGCGCAUUAAACUACGAACUGUCGCAUGAUCUGCAUUUCGAUCAUUUCGGCGGCGCCGCACAGCAUAUAUUGGAGAACGGCAGGAACGCGGCAGCAGACGCCGAGGCAUCGACGCCCACGAUCAGCACCCUGGAUGCGCUGGCCAAUAGCGAUUUUCUGCAGAAGAUCGGAGCCACCAUCUUCAACUCGAUACAGUUGAAACAUCACAAACUGAACGAAGCCACUCUCCAGAAUUCCAGUGAAGUGAGCAUGGACUUCGACUUCGCGGCCAAUCAUGUGGUGUUGGACAGCAGCAGCGUGGAUCAGCUGCAGCAGCAGCUCGAGUACGACAAGUUCAUGAACGAGGUGUGGAUCGGCAUUGUCUUCACGCUAAUCUUGAUCUCGAUGGUCUUCUGCAUCUGCUCCUGCUUCCUCUACCAUCAGUUUCGCACCUGGAAGCGCAAUUAUCACAACAAUGCCAACAGCUCAUCGCAGUGCACAAUUAUUGAUAUUGAGGCAUUAAAAUUGCAGCCCGAUUCGGAGGACCCAGUGCCGGAGUAUACCCUGGUCUCUGGCUUGCCCAGCUAUGAGGCUGCCUUGGAGCUGCUGCAGAAAACACCUCAGUCGUCGUGUUUGAUUGUCUAUCCAAGCGUGUUUAAUGUAUUCAAUAAGCAUGAAAGAGCCAACACAGCAGCAGCCGACGUUGAGGCUGCCACAACAGCAACAACAACAACAACAACGGCAGCAGCAGCAACAACAAUAUCGCGACCACAGACAUUGCCAUUGUGUGAGGCAACAACGCCGCUGCUGCCAGCAACAGCAACGACAACAACAACAACAACUGCAGCAACAACACCAACAACAGCUACAACGACACCCACAUGCGAAAGCAUUAAGCCAAGUUUUGUGCCCAGUUACGCGGAGGUAUUUGGCUUUAGGACCGUCGACGAAAAAAAGAAAUCGAAAUCGAAAGACGACUCUACGAAAAGCCUGGGCGACAAAUGCUAACCGAAAUUGCCCUCAAUGGGAUGUCGAACGCCGAGCCGAUCUAGCCAGAUCAGCUAGAUCCGAUCUCAGCGAUACCAACCAAAAUCUGC